UGUCAGGGCACAUUUUAAGGUUACGUUUUUCCAUUGUUGUUGUUUACAUUUUCCGAACGGUUGUUUUUCUUGGCAUUUUGCUCCAAUGGCCAACAAAAAGAUUCUGAAUCAAAUCUCCCUGAUGAUGUAUGGCUUCGGAGACAGCGACCAGCCAGAUCCAGCCACUGUGGAAUUGGUGGAAAGCAUCGUGAAAAGCCAGCUAAGAAGCAUCGUAAAUGAGGCUCUAAAAUACAAUUCUGGGCCAGUUCUUAAAGGGGAAUCUCUGGUCUUCCUUUUGAGGCACAACAAGUAUAAAAUGCAGCGGUUUGUUCGAUACCUUAAAACGAGACAAAUCACGGCUAAAUGCGGCGCUGUGAAUUCCCCAGUGGUGGAGGUAGUGGAAGGACCAAAAAACAACAAGCUUCUGGACUUUGUACGGUUUCUAGACGAAACCGGAGAAUUCCUCGAUAUAUCUGAGGUGGACGAGACCAAACUGAAUCGAAUGCUUCGUGCUGAUCAGAUAUCGAAGAGCAUCAGCAAGGAGAAGUAUAUGGAAUAUCAGCAAGCCCGCAUUGCGUCCUUUAAAAAAAUACAGUCCGCAAACUCGUUCAAGAGCUGGGUGGAUCCGCAAAACGAGAUCGAGUUCGAUAAAGACGCCAUGGAUGUGCUCAGCUACUUGGCCUUUCAAACAGUCGCGGAAAUCGUCGACUAUGCGUUCUUUGUAAGGGCAGACGUAAAAUCGGUUAUCGAUCCUUUUGAGACAAUUGCGGGCACUUCUUGCACGACUUCAAUCUUCAAGCCGCAUGGAGCUGCAGGUCCAGGCAGCGCUCCGUCCAAAGUUUUUCCCUACCAAGUGCCGAUUCGCGUGCAUGAAGUACAAGAGGUGAUGCGACGCGUUCACAAUCCUCAAGCCGGCAAAUUGAACUUUGGCGGGCCAAUGCCGGAGACGCACUUUUUGUUGGCCUUGUAGUUUUGGGCGAAAAUACAGAUUUGGAUUACUGCGUUUGA